UCCCACUUAAAUUAUACGCAAUGUCUCGUGGCAACAUCGCUCAGAUAUCGUCGCUUCGCGCCGUAUGUAGACGAGCCCGACCUCUUGGGUACUCAAGCUUCAUCAGUCGCAAGCCUUUGCACAUAACCACCUCCCGACAGAUCGUGCAAGACAAAAGAAACCUCCAAGCCACCUUCCUCGACCGGUCAAGUUUACAUCCCGAGCGGGCAGAGUAUACAGAGUCCGGCACGGACAGCGAAGCCGGGAUGCAUCGGUCGUCCUACGAUCCGGCUAUCACGUCUCCCGAGCUCGAGUCGCGAGCCUCCGAAGAAGAAUGUAAGCUGGAGGGAGAACCCGACGAUCCGUUGUUUAUAAGUCCGGCCAAUACGGAGGUUAGCCGGAUGUAUGCUGAGCGCUCGGAGCAUAUUGGGCCGACUACGCGGCUAAGUGGGAAGGGUUGGACAAGGAAGCAUUUGCUGAAGAGGUUUCAGAAGACUGGGUAGAUUGCAAACUAUGUUAUAUACCAUUUAAUACUUUACCGCUAUGGUUGUGUCGUGAAUCCAGCUGUACAUAUAUAAUAUAACUAGUCUGCC